AUGUCAAGCAGAAAAUCCAGUUGUGCCAUGGAAUAUUGCCAAAAUGGAGGAACAGCGAUAACCAUCUCCGCAUGGAACAAAUCGCGUCAAAGAUGCAUCUGUGUGCCUGGUUAUACUGGACGUUACUGUCAGCAUGUGGUCAAAUCUUGUCGUCGUUACAGCAACAGUCGGACUGCUGGACAGUACAAAGUGUUUGAUGAUAACAUGAAUCUCUUUGAUGUUUUCUGCGACUUUGAUUCGAAUUCAACCACGGCAUGGACAUUGGUCCAGUCAUAUCAACUUCAAAAUUAUCACAAAUUCAUGAAGUCGUUCAAUCUGGACAACCCAAUCAAUGAAAACACUCCUCGCUGGGAUUUCUACAGCCUUUCAAAAUCCCGAAUGGAAUCGAUUAGAAAUGAUUCGAGUAAAUGGCGGAUUACAUGUGAAUACGACACUGAAGGUGUUGUAUAUACUGACUACAUGGAAGGCUGGAAUGACAUCAUUGAUAUAAUGACGUAUGAGCAAUUCAGUCCAAGCUUCGUUUGUUCACUUGAUAAACACAAGAUUGACUACGUGGACGUCCGUGGACAGAACUGCAGGAAUUGUACCGUUCCUAUUAUUCAGGCUCCAUAUAAUCCUUUACAUUUGGAUAUAUAUUUCUCUAUGUGCGAUUUCAAGCCAACAAAAAGUUUAUAUUGUGACAGUGCUGGUGAAGACAAUUUUGGACGAUAUUUAUGUACAAAUCCAAAUCAUCGUUGCUCCUUCCCAACAGCAACAACUCAAACUUGGUUUGGGAGUCCUUGA